GUCACUCUUUCCCGCCAUUUCUGAUCUUGUCCGUUGUGGAUCGAGGCCUCGACCACCGCCUGGACUUCUGAGUUCAGUCACGUCGCCGCACCCUUUUUUGAUUUGGGGAGAAAGUAUAGUAUUUAAACAUGACUAGAGAAGAAGCUGAGGAUAGCAGAGAUGACAUGCUAAUCGAUGGAUGUGAACCUCAACAGAGGCUGGACAAUGCCGUUCCCGAUGGAUUUGACCCGAAUUACCUCAAAGUUUACUAUGGCAAACUUUUUCCACAUGCUGAUAUCUUCAAAUGGAUGUCAUAUGGAAAUGAUGGAAAGCAUCCUGGAUGUGACCAGUCAUACUUUGGGCGUAGAGAGUUUUCUUUCACAUUGGACAAUGACAUAUAUCUGCGGUUUCAGUCUUUCAACAGUGCAUCUGAACUGGAAAAUUCCAUCAAAGAGAAAUGUCCAUUCAAAAUAGAUAUUGGGCCUGUAUACACUGUGGAUCCUGCAAAGAGGCAUGCAUAUGCUCAAGCUGGUGAAAACGUUUUCACUCCAGUAGAGAGAGAGCUAGUAUUUGAUAUAGAUAUAACAGAUUAUGAUGAUAUUAGAUAUUGCUGUUCAGGAGCUGAUGUUUGUUUGGACUGCUGGCCAUUAAUGACCAUUGCUAUUAAAGUGAUUGAUACUGCCCUCAGAGAUGACUUUGGAUUUAACCAUAUUCUCUGGGUGUAUAGUGGGCGACGUGGUGUCCACUGUUGGGUUUGUGAUGGAAAGGCUAGAAGAUUGAAUAAUGAGCAAAGGGCGGCUAUUGCUGAUUAUUUUCGUUUGUACAAGGGCAAUGAGAAUAGUAAUAAAAAGGUUUCUUUAGUGGGUCCUGCACUUCAUCCUUUCCUUGUGAGAUCAUACAUUGAUGUUUUGAAAGAUUUCUUCGAGGAGAAACUGCUUCGUAGUCAAAAUUUGUUUUCCAAUGAGGAGAGAUAUGAGAAGAUACUGGAGAUGAUUCCUGACGAAUCCAUAACUUCUGAGCUUCGGGGAAAAUGGCAAGAGAACAGGCGUUCUUCAAUCUCAAAAGAAGACAUUAAUGUUGUCAGAUGGGAGCAAGUAAAACAUCUGUUGCAAUCUGGGAAACAGAAGGCACAGGGGCUUCGUAGGUGUGUUGAAGAGAUUGUAUUCUCUUUUACCUAUCCUAGGCUUGAUAUGGAGGUUUCAAGACACAUGAACCAUUUGCUGAAGGCACCAUUCUGUGUACACCCCAAAACAGGUCGUGUUUGUGUACCUAUUGAUCCAAACCAUUGUGAGGAAUUCGAUCCUACCUCUGUGCCAACCCUUUCCAAGCUUUUGGGAGAGCUUAACAUGAUGGGUGGUUUGAGGGCAGAAGGUGAUAAUGAAUGGGAUAGGAGCUCAAUUGGAAAAUCUGUCAGCUAUUUCAGAUCAUCCUUCUUGCAGCCUCUUCUGAAAUCUUGCAAGGAGGAGAUAGAAAGUUCUUAUGGUGCCAAAGUUCAGCAGUCAAAGAACUCAAUGAGCUGGUAGUGUUGUUUAUUAAUCCGAUCACCAUGUAUCAGUUUUCGGAGGUGCUCCAGCAGCUUUCAAGGAUAUUGUCCCAUGUCCUACAAAGCGUUGAGUGAAAAUCGCUUGAUCUAGUUUCUUGGUGUUGUUUCAAAGUUUCAAUCACCUUUGCAAGGAAAUCUUUACCAUAUGUCGAAUAUCAUCACCUGAAUGCAUACAAUUUACCAUCUCUUGGCCAAACUACAGAAUGAAUCUGUUAGGCUGGUCACUGACGAGCAAAACAUUUAUUUUGUUAAACGUUUCAGGAUGUGUGGUCGCAUCAAUG